AUGAAGUUUAUUAGUUUGUUUUUAUUUUUUUCCAUAGUUUAUUCGGCUACUUUGAGAUUGAUACCUCCUUCUCAGGACGAUUUUUAUAAACCUGCUCCAGGAUAUGAAGAUGCUCAAUUGGGAGAUAUUUUAAAAUAUAGGCCUACUCCACAAUUAAUAACUUCAUUUUAUUUUAAUUUUACAUUAAAAAAUUCAUGGCAAAUUCAAUAUAGAUCAGAAGAUACAUUUGGAAAUGCAACUGCAAUAAUAUUAACCGUAAUGGAACCAUAUAAUGCCGAUCCUAGUAAAGUUUAUUUGUAUCAGACAUUUGAAGAUCUGUCCAAUAUUGACUGUUCUCCAAGUUAUGGAUUUCAAAAUAAUGCACCAUAUUCGACAAUUGCAUCACAAAUAGAUUUAACUUUUCUUGGACCUGCUUUAAUGAAAGGUUACUAUGUGAUAUCUCCCGAUUAUGAAGGUCCAAAAUCGUCAUUUACUGCUGGUUGGCAAAGUGGAAGGGCCACAUUAGAUGGAGUUAGAACAGCUUUAAAAAGUUUUAAUAUAACAGGUAUUGAUUCAGAUGCUCAAGUAAUGUUACAUGGUUAUCUGGGGGGAUCAAUUGCUACUGGUUGGGCAGCAAGUUUACAAAGUACUUAUGCACCAGAAUUGAAGGAAAAUCUAAUUGGAGCUUGUGUAGGUGGUUUUGUUACAAAUAUUACUGCAACUGCUAGUGCUGUUGAUGGAGGGUUGUUAUCAGGAUUAACUGCAUUAGCUUUAAAUGGGUUAAGUAAUGAAUAUCCAGAAUUUCAAAAAAUAGUAUAUGAAAAAAUUAGUCCAAAAUGGAAUGAAACUUUUGCUGAAGGUGAGAAAGAUUGUCUCGUGGAUAGUGUAUUUGCAUUCAUGGGUGAUGAAAUGUUAAUGGGAGAUGAUCCAUUUUUUCCUGGUGGUUAUGACUUAUUAAAAAUUCCAUACGUGAAUCAGGUAGUUCAAGAAAAUUGUUUAAUGAAUUUAAAUGAGACAUAUUUACCUGAAAUUCCAAUUUUUAUAUAUCAUGGGACUUUUGAUGAAGUUGUUCCAAUUAAAGAUGUCAGGGUAGUUGUUGAUAAUUGGUGUUCUAGGGGAAUUGAAAGUUUAGAAUUUGCUGAAGAUUUAUUAAAUGGGCAUAUUAGCGAACAGUUAAUAGGAGGCCCUGCAGCUUGGACGUGGAUAGAGAAAAUGUUUGAGGGUGGUGAACCAGUCAAAGGUUGUUCUCAUACUACAAGAAUUGAAAAUAUAAUGUAUCCUAAUAUAAGUGAUGAUACUUUUGAAUACUUUUAUAAAUAUAAAGUUGUAUUGACUGAAAUUGCAGAAUCUUUUGAUAAUACAACUAUUGGUCAUAUUGCUCAAAGUUUACUUGAUAUGUAG